AUGGCAGACUCAUCACCAACAACAACGACAACAGCAACACCUAACGUCCCCUUCUUCAAGAAGCGUGCACCCAAAAACGUUCGCAAGCGCAAUCUCUCCGACGACGAAGACACUCAUACCUCCACUGCCUCAGAACCCUCAAACCUCAACCACACCUCCCUCUCCUCAGUCUCCAAGAAACGCAACGCCAAACGAGGACCUCAAACAUCCCACGCUGACAUCCUCCAGUCUUCCUCCACCAGCAGUGCCAACCGUCUAGCUUCAAAAGACGAAGAUACCGACAAGACUGUCGGCGUUGCAUACAAGGCAACGUUGGAGGGCAAUAUCCGGCUUGACGAUGCGACCAGGACACAGGAGAUUGAUACUGCCCAUGACCGGGAUGCGCAGGCCGUGAUUGAUCGUCAUAUGAGGGCUGUCGAGAAUGGGCUUGAUGAAUCGACCGGGGACGAUGGGCUCUAUAAGGGUAUGGCUGGAUACAAGUCGCAUAUUCAGAAAGGAGAAGUCUCCAACUCCAAAAUCAGAGUGGGACCAAUGCGCGCAUCAGCUAACAUCCGUGUGACAAACAGAUUCGACUACCAGCCAGACAUUUGCAAGGAUUACAAAGAGACCGGAUUCUGUGGUUAUGGUGACUCAUGUAUCUACAUGCACGACCGUGGUGACUACAAGGCUGGAUGGCAAUUGGAUCAGGAAUGGGAGGCUGAACAACGAGCCAAGAAGGCUGCCCUGAUCGAAGGUCUGGAUCCCGAGGCUGAGAGUUCCAGUGAUGACGACGAUGAUGUCCCAUUUGCCUGUCUCUUAUGCCGUGAACCCUUCAUCCACCCUGUCGUCACCAAGUGCAACCACUACUUCUGCGAAAAGUGCGCAUUGAAGAGGUACGCCAAGACGCCCAAAUGUGCAGCCUGUCAGACACCCACCGGAGGACUCUUCAACUCCGUUCCCAAGGACUUCUUGAAAAAAGUUGCUGAGCGGAAAGCCAAGAUUGAGGAUGCUGCGCGGAGGCGUGCCGAGGAUGAUGCUGCCAACUCUGCUGCAACUGGUGGUGCAGGUGGUCAGGGUGAAGAGGAGGGUGACUCUGGAAUGGUCGAGGAUCUUAGUGUUGUCGGCAUGGGCGGUGCUCCUAUUGGCGCCAGCGAUGAUAAUGAUGAUGAUGACAGCGACUAG